AUGGCCAGAGUUGACCUCAGAAGGUGCUUCAAACUCUGGUAUGCUUUUGUGGUGCCUUUGCUACUCAUGAGUCCUUCCAUAAAGGGAUGCAUAGAGAGGGAAAGACAAGCCCUCCUUGCAUUCAAACAAGGCCUGGUCGUGGAUAUCCGCAGUCAAAUAGUCUCUACAUGGGGCACCUCAGAAGGCCAAAACAAAGAUUGCUGCACGUGGAAAGGAGUCUACUGCAGCAACCAAACUGGCCAGGUUGUUGAACUUCAGCUUGGAUCCCAAUCUUUGCAAGGUUCGGCUAUGGAUGUUUGGGGCAACAUGAGCUCUCUUCAAGUCCUUAAUCUCACUGAUAAUCAACUUGAAGGAGACAUAACAAAUUCGUUUUCGGAGCUAUGCAGUUUGAGAUCGUUAGGGCUUUCAAACAAUAAUCUCAGUGGAGAAUUUCCCAAGUUUGUUCAGAUAUUGUCUAAAUGUUCUCAAAAGCAACUAGAAGGUUUGUAUCUCUCUAACAACCGAUUAAGCGGAGAAAUACCUGAAAGCAUUGGGCAAAUAUCAUCGUUGACAGAAUUAUCUCUCCAUGGAAAUCAAUUAAGCGGAAGAAUACCUGCAAGUAUUGGGCAAAUGCAAUCAUUGACACGAUUAUCUCUCUACGGAAAUCGAUUAAGCGGGAGAAUACCUGAAAGUAUUGGACAAAUGUCCAAUCUGGUGUAUAUCAAUCUUGGUAAGAAUUCUUUGGAAGGGGUGAUUUCUGAAACUCAUUUUUCAAAACUCUCCAAGUUAAAAUAUUUGGAUUUAUCCUCCAACUCACUAGUUUUAAACUUCCAUUCUGAUUGGGUUCCUCCUUUUCAAUUGAGUGUCAUAAUAUUGUGGUCUUGCAAGAUGGGUCCAUAUUUCCCACAAUGGCUUCAAACUCAGAAAAAUUAUUCAUCCCUUGAUAUCUCUAACACUACAAUUUCUGACAUCAUUCCAAGUUGGUUUUGGGGUUUGUCACGUACAGCUGUCCUUAUAAAUCUCUCCCACAACCAAAUUAGAGGAACAUUUCCAAGUUCAACAAAGGAGUUUGCUCAUUACCCUAAGCUAAAUUUUAGUUGGAACCAACUGGAAGGUCCAAUUCCUUCUUUUCUGUCAAAAUCAUCAUCUCUAGAUCUAUCCAACAAUAAUCUUUCCGGGUUCAUUUCUUUCUUGUGUGGAAUCAAGGCCAGUAAUUUAACCCUUCUUGUUCUCUCGAGCAACCGUGUAUCUGAAGAACUUCCAGAUUGCUGGACGCAUUUAGAAAAUCUAGUCGUUCUUCAAUUGUGUAACAAUGGUUUUUUGGGCAAAAUUCCUACCACCUUGGGGAAUUUAUAUUCUCUUGAAACCUUGAAACUCAAAAGAAACAGAUUUGUGGGAGAGUUGCCUUCAUCCUUGAUGAACUGUAAACACUUGAAAGUUUUUGAUGUUGCAGAAAAUCAACUGUCAGGAUUGAUACCUGGAUGGUUACUAUUUGAACUUCCGAAGUUGGUUAUCCUUAUCCUCCGGUCUAAUCGCUUUUAUGGUAGAAUUCCUUUACAGUUAUGCAAUCUAACACAUGUCCAAAUACUGGAUUUGUCAAUCAACAACAUCUCUGGAACUAUACCCAAAUGUCUCAACAAUUUGACGGCUUUAGUGGAUAAAGGAAAUUCAAUUCUAACCAUCACUCAUCAUUAUUCAAGUGAUUUUGGAAAUGGGAUUUUUUCGGAGAGCUAUGAUGAUCGUGCAACCUUAAUAUGGAAAGGAACGAUGUCUGAAUACAAGAGCACACUGGGACUUGUGAAGAGCAUUCAUUUGUCAAGCAAUCAAUUGACGGGGGAGAUCCCUAAAGAAAUCAUUCAUCUUGUUGGUUUAGUUUCUUUAAACCUGUCGCGAAACCAUCUAACAGGUCAAAUAAAUCAAGACAUUGGGAAGUUGGAGUUAUUACAGUCUCUUGAUUUAUCAAGAAAUCAUAUCGAUGGAAGAAUUCCGACAAGUCUUUUUCAGAUAUAUGGUCUUGGUGACUUGGACUUGUCAAACAACAACCUGUCUGGAAAUAUUCCAAUGGGGUCUCAACUCCAAAACUUUGAUCAGUCAGCCUUUGCCGAAAACCCUCUGCUUUGUGGACUGCCACUUCAAAGGAUGUGUGAUCGGGAGAAAGAGAAAGGCAAUGUUCAACAAACUGGCUUAGGGAAUCAAGACCAUGAGGAUGGGCUUGUAACGCGUGGAUUUUACAUCUGUAUGGGGCUGGGAUUUGCUUUUGGAUUUUGGGGAGUUUCUGGCACAUUGAUGUUCCACGAGUUAGCCAGAUUGAUGCAGGGGCACAGGGGUGGAUCAAGAUAG